AUGUUGUUAGACUAUUGUUGUCGAUGCUGCGGGAUCGGUCCGAUCAAACGCCAUGACCACCUGUCGAUCAACAGCAGACUUCAUGACACCUGGGUUGUUCUUCAGAAUCUCUCUUUGUGUACGCUGUGCUUUUACUCUUUGUAUUAUAUUGUGGUCAGUGUGUGCAUCGGUCUUCUCAGGGUGGAGGAGGUGGACAGUUUGUUAGCACCGUUUGACUACACAACUCAACCAUCAUGGCAGAGUCCCAAAUAUUUAGUGAGUGUGAUCUCAACAGAGGUGACGUACAUUGUGGGCGGUCUGAUGUUCGCAUGGAUUGUGGAGGAUUGGGUGUGGGACUACGCCAUCACUGUCACGUUACUACACAUUGGACUGACUGUAGCCGUUAUGGCUGAUUUUCCAUCCACUGAACAUUGGUGGAUUGCUCUUGGCUCCGGAUUAUUGAUGAUGAUUUUUGGAGGGCAGCUCUUGGCCUACAGACUCUUCAGAUAUAAUUUUGUUCAUCCGGCGGAUCUUCAGAAUUUCUAACAAUCUCUCUCUCUCUCUCUCUCUCUCUCUCUCUCUCUC